UUCUCUCCCCCCCCCAGUCCACAUUCAAGCAAACCUGGAGGAUGCUCUGGUGCAGGAGGCCCUAAAGACGGGGGUGGAUUUGAGGCAGUACUCCAAGCAGGUUGAGCGGGAGCUGCAGCAGAUUGAGAACGCCUCCAUCAAGGAUUACAUCAAGGAAAGCAAGAACAUCGCCUCCUUGCAUACGCAGAUCACGGCCUGCGAUGCCGUCCUGGAGCGCAUGGAGGCCAUGCUGAGCUCCUUCCAGUCCGACCUGAGCAGCAUCAGUUCAGAGAUCCAGACUCUACAGGAGCAGUCGGUGGCCAUGAACGUCCGCCUGCGUAACCGCCAGGCCGUCCGGGGGCGCCUCUCCCAGCUGGUGGAUGAGCUGGUGGUGCCCAACCUCAUGAUCAGCACCAUCCUGGAGACGCCCGUGAUUGACCAGGCCUUCCUGGAGCAGCUGCAUGAGCUGAACAACAAGAUCAAUGCCGUGAAGGAGCAAGAGUUCCAGGAGACCAUGGCCUGCACGGACGUGACCGACAUCCUGGACAAGCUGAAGGCCAAGGCGGUGGCCAAGAUCCGGGAGUUCAUCCUGCAGAAAAUCUACUCUUUCCGCAAACCCAUGACCAACUACCAGAUCCCCCAGAACGCCCUGCUCAAAUACCGGGACUGGAGACCGCCUCUCUGUGGCCCGGGCACUGGGCCCAAGAUCUACCUCAGCUACUUCAAGUCCUACACCAGCCGCCUCAUGAAGGUGCAGGUGAGGCGCUCCACACACGCACUCUUGCGGAUUUCUCUGCCUGGGUUUGCUUGGCUGGAGACUAUGAGCAAGAUCUACCUCAGCUACUUCAAGUCCUAUACGAGCCGCCUCAUGAAGGUGCAGUACGAGGAAGUGGCUGAGAAGGAUGACCUCAUGGGGGUGGAAGACACGGCGAAGAAGGGCUUCUUCUCCAAGCCAUCCUUGCGGAACCGCAACACCAUCUUCACGCUGGGCAACCGAGGGAGCGUGAUCGGGAGCGCCGAGCUGGAGGGCCCCAUUAUCGUCCCCCACUCCGCCCAGAAGAGCGACGUCCGAUAUCCCUUUGAGUCCCUCUUCCGGAGCCAGCAUUACGCCUUGCUGGACAACAGCUGCCGGGAGUACCUUUUCCUUUGCGACUUCUUCCUGGUGACGGGGACCCCAGCCAUGGACCUCUUCAACGCCGUGAUGGGCAAGACCCUGGCCAUGUUCCUGAAACACAUGGACGCCUACGUGAGCGACUGCUACGACAGCAUCGCCAUCUUCCUCUGCAUCCACAUCGUCCUGCGCUUCAGGGCCAUCGUGGCCAAGCGCAACGUCCCGGCCAUCGACAAGUAUUGGGACACUUUACUGGAGAUGCUGUGGCCCCGUUUUGAGCACAUCCUGGAACUGAACAUCCAGAGCAUCCAAAAUACGGACCCACAGAAGCUGGGCUUCCUCGACACCCGGCCCCACUACAUCACCCGCCGCUAUGCAGAGUUCUCCUCGGCCAUCGUCAGCAUCAACCAGACCUUCCCGCACGACCAGACCCUCACCCUGCUCGGGCAGCUCCAGACCGAGGUGGAGAACUUCGUCCUGCGAGUGGCGGCCGAGUUCUCCUCCCGCAAGGAGCAGCUGAUCUUCCUCAUCAACAACUAUGACAUGAUGCUGGGGGUGCUCAUGGAGCGAGCGGUGGAAGAGAGCAAAGAGGUGGAGGGGUUCCAGCAGCUGCUCAACGCUCGGACGCAGGAGUUUAUCGAGGAGAUUCUGGCCCCGGGCUUUGGGGGCAUGAUCGCCUUUGUGAAGGAGGCGGAGGCGCUGGCGGAGCGGGGCCAGCUGGAGCGACUGCGCGGGGAGGAAGCUCGGGUGACGCAGCUGGUGCGUGGCUUCGCCGGGACGUGGAAGUCGGCCGUGGAGUCCCUGAGCCAGGACGUGAUGCGCUCUUUCACCAACUUCAAAAACGGGACCACCAUCAUCCAGGGGGCGCUGACGCAGCUGAUCCAGUACUACCACCGCUUCCACAAGGUCCUGGCCCUGCCCCCCCUCAAGGCCCUGCCCGUCCGCUCGGAGCUCAUCAACAUCCACCAUCUGAUGGUCGAGGUGAAGAAACACAAGCCCAACUUCUGAAGGGAGGGGGGGCGGCUGCUGUGGAGGAGGAGGAAGAGGAGGAGGAGGAAGGAUUCCGGGGGGGCCCCGUCCGUCCGUCCGUCCGUCCUUCCCAGAUUCCUCAGGGAAGGGAAAAGCAGGACGCCAAGGCCAGAGCACAGAGAAAAGCCUUUAUAUUUCACUGUCUCAGCUGUUGCAUUUUUAUGGUGGUAAUAAAGCCUUUAACCAUG